CAUAUUGGAAACAAAGCAUCACAAUUUUGUGCGCGUCCUGUUAUGUCUGCAGCUGGUUUUGAGUUGGCGUGAUCCGCAUUUUGCUAUUCUUACAAAAUAUAUUAAACAUUUUGCAGCUUGAUAGACGCGUAAAUCUGCGGGUGUUUUCAUACACUCCCACAUCGAGAUAUUCGAUACGAAAAUGGCGAAAGAUUUUCUUGAAUAUUCCUCUAUUAGCUCAGAGGUUCGGGGUGCUAUGUGUCCCGGUAAGCUUAAGAUGACAGAAUCUGCUAUCGUUUUCAAAAACGAUAAAACCGGUAAGGUGGAACAGAUAAACUCGGGUGAUAUCGAUCUGUUGAAUUAUCAACGUUGCGUUGGAAGUUUCGGUUUGCGAGUCUUUAUGAAAAAUGGCUCAUUACAUAGAUUUUUGGGGUUUACCGGGGAUGAACAGAAGAUUGCCGAUUUCGUCAAAAAGAACUAUAAGAUGGAUGUACUGGAGAAAGAAUUGUCGACGCGAGGUUGGAAUUGGGGAACAGUUCACUUCAAAGGUAGUGUUCUUUCAUUUGACGUGGAAGGCAAAACUAGUUUCGAGAUUCCGCUGAAUCAUGUUUCUCAGUGCAACUCGGGCAAAAAUGAGGUGACGGUCGAAUUCCACCGCAACGAUGAAGCACCAGUUAGUUUGAUGGAAAUGCGAUUCCACAUUCCAACGACGGAAUCUGCAGAAAUUGAUCCUGUCGAGGCAUUCCAGGAACAGGUAAUGAAGCAAGCAUCCGUGAUUUCCGCUUCCGGCGAUGCAAUCGCUAUAUUCCGAGAGAUUCAUUGCCUCACACCACGCGGUCGCUACGAUAUCAAGGUGUUCCAGAGUUUCUUCCAGUUGCACGGAAAGACUUACGACUUUAAAAUUCCAACGUCGUCUGUACUGCGAUUGUUCCUUUUACCACACCAGGAUAACCGACAAAUGUUUUUCGUUAUUUCCUUGGAUCCACCGAUCAAGCAGGGCCAAACUCGGUACCACUUUCUGGUGCUAAUGUUUCAGAUGGACGAAGAAACCAAUAUUGAAUUACCCUUCACCGAAGAGGAGCUUAAGGAAAAGUAUGAGGACAAACUGACCAAGGAGGUCUCUGGACCAGUCUACGAGGUACUCGGAAAGAUUAUGAAGGUUAUCAUCAAUCGGAAACUGACGGGACCGGGAACUUUCAUUGGUCACUCAGGAACUCCUGCAAUCCAAUGUUCGUACAAAGCAGCCGCUGGCGUUAUUUAUCCGUUGGAAAGAGGAUUUAUUUAUGUGCAUAAGCCUCCGGUUCAUAUUCGCUUCGAGGAAAUCGCUUCGGUGAAUUUUGCUCGCAGCGGUGGAUCAACUCGGAGCUUUGAUUUUGAAAUUGAACUCAAAACUGGAACCAUCUACACGUUCAGUAGCAUCGAAAAAGAAGAGUACGGAAAACUGUUCGAUUUCAUUUCAUCGAAAAAAUUACACGUGAAAAACACUGGAAAAGAUGGCAAGAACAACUACAAGGAAGACUUUGAUGAUUCGGAUAACGAGGGAGAACCGGAUGCUUAUCUUGCAAGGGUAAAGGCCGAGGCCAAGGAACGUGACGACGACGAUGAUGAUGACUCGGAGGAAUCGACCGAUGAGGAUUUCAAUCCGAACCAGGCGGAGUCGGAUGUAGCGGACGAGUUCGACUCGAAUGUAGAAUCUACGUCCGACGAUGACUCGGAAGGAGCUGGCAGUGGCGGAGGUUCGGAUGAUAGUAGCAAGAAAAAGAAGAAGGAAAAGAAAGAGAAAAAGGAGAAAAGGGUGCGCAAAGAACGCAAGGAAAAGAGAUCGAAAAAGGCAAAAUCAGGUGGACCGAAGCGACCGGCAACGGCCUUUAUGAUGUGGCUUAACGCAAGUCGGGAUAAAAUCAAGAAAGAUAAUCCUGGUAUUUCCAUCACAGAAAUUGCCAAAAAGGGUGGUGAGUUAUGGAAAGAAUUGAAAGACAAACAGGAAUGGGAGCAAAAAGCAGCCAAGGCAAAAGAAGAGUACGCGGAAGCGUUGAAAGCCUAUAAGGAGGCAGGAGGUGGUGGAACCGACGACGAGGGCGGCAAAUCAGGCAAGAAACGCAAGAAAGAAUCGAUUUCUCCUAAGAAACCCGUUUCGGCUGCUGCGAUGAAGGGAAGUGGUUUUAAGAGCAAGGAGUACAUUUCCGGAGACGAUUCGAGCAGUAGCGGCGACGGUGACAAGAAAGACGCUAAAAAGGCGAAAAAAUCCGCGUCGGGAUCAGAUGUGAAUAAAUCAGACACAAAAGAAGAUAAGAAGAAUGACAAGAAAGACGACAAAAAGAAAGAAAAGAAAUCUACAAAGUCCGACUCGGAACCAGCAUCAGAGGCUUCGGCUAGUGAUUCAGGCGAAGAGGAAGAAGAAGAUGAGGAUGAAGCGGCCAGCGACUAAAGGAAGUGAAUGUAGCAUCUAUGUGUUUUAUUCGAUCUAUUGUAGCGUCUUCUCGGUGUCAUCAACCAACUAAAAACCCAACCGAACUUCCUAUUCUCACGUUGUACGAUUUAUUUUUGAGCAGCGAAAGUUCCCUCGAACUACAAACUAACUAGUAUUGGCAAACCUAUUUGUUUUAUUAUUACCUCUAAGGUUAUGAAGCAAACAGAUUAAUUUGUACAAGAAUCCAA